GUUGUCUGGUUUGUUGAUUGAAGCAAAGACUUGCCCCAACUCGGCUCUCCCACUCAGCGUACUUAAUACCCACACCAUGUGUGUUUGCUCUUCAGAAUGACAGCUUUAACAGUUCCCAAGGGAUGGAGAAGGAAACCCGCUCUAUGCGUUGCUGGAGAGCUGGAGCAGAGUUGGUGCAUCUCAGAGUGCCUCUCCGAACUCACUUAGCACACCAUCCCUUUCUCAUCCCCCAUCCUGGGACAGCAGGUCCAACGGGUCCUUCUCCAAGCGGAGCCUUGGAGGGCCUAGCCGGCACCAUUACCUCCAACGAGUGGAGCUCUCCCACCUCCCCUGAGGGGAGCAACGUCUCCGAGGGCAGCGAGACUUUGGACAAACCCAUCGACAAUGAUGCAGAGGGCGUGUGGAGCCCUGACAUUGAGCAGAGCUUCCAAGAGGCCCUUGCCAUCUACCCACCCUGUGGCAGGCGCAAGAUCAUCUUAUCAGAUGAGGGCAAGAUGUAUGGUCGGAAUGAGCUGAUAGCUCGCUACAUUAAGCUUCGGACUGGGAAAACUCGGACCAGGAAGCAGGUAUCUAGUCACAUCCAGGUGCUGGCCCGACGGAAAGCCCGGGAGAUCCAAGCCAAAUUAAAGUCAACCAGCUGCUGGGCUGGAGACCACAGCAGGGUAUUUAUCAUGGAGAACAAUUGCUCCUGUGUUAUCUCCAGAGGCAGAAAAGAUCAGGCAGCUAAGGACAAAGCCCUACAGAAUAUGGCUACCAUGUCAUCCGCUCAGAUCAUCUCUGCUACAGCCUUCCACAAUAAAAUGGCCCUUACCCGAGGACCAGCCUACCCAGCAGUCUCAGGGUUUUGGCAAGGAACUUUGCCAGGCCAAGCCGGAACUUCCCAUGAUGUGAAACCUUUCUCUCAACAAACCUAUGCUGUUCAGCCUCCGCUCCCUCUGCCAGGGUUUGAAUCUCCUGCUGGGUCCACCCUGUCGCCAUCGACGCCUCCAUGGCAGGGCCGAAGUGUGGCCAGCUCCAAGCUCUGGAUGUUGGAAUUCUCUGCCUUCUUGGAGCAGCAACAAGACCCAGACACGUAUAAUAAGCACCUGUUUGUACACAUUGGCCAGUCCAGUCCCAGCUACAGUGACCCCUACCUCGAAGCGGUGGACAUCCACCAGAUCUACGACAAAUUCCCUGAUAAGAAGGGAGGACUCAAGGAGCUCUUUGAACGAGGACCCUCAAAUGCUUUCUUCCUCGUCAAGUUCUGGGCUGACCUCAACACCAACAUUGAGGGCAAAGGCAACUCUUUUUAUGGGGUCUCCAGUCAGUAUGAGAGUCCUGAGAACAUGAUCAUCACCUGUUCCACCAAAGUCUGCUCCUUUGGCAAACAAGUUGUGGAGAAAGUAGAGACUGAGUAUGCCCACUAUGAGAAUGGCCACUACUCCUACCGCAUUCACCGGUCUCCUCUCUGUGAAUAUAUGGUCAACUUCAUCCAUAAGCUAAAGCACCUGCCAGAGAAAUACAUGAUGAACAGUGUACUGGAGAACUUCACUAUCCUGCAGGUGGUGACCAACAGAGAUACCCAAGAAACCUUACUGUGUAUUGCAUAUGUGUUUGAAGUGUCUGCAAGUGAGCAUGGAGCUCAACAUCACAUCUACCGGCUGGUGAAAGAAUAAGAGACUUGGGCUGUGUGUGUACAGGGAAAGUAGUGAGAUUUGGUCGAUGCCUGAAGUGCAGAAUCAAGAAGAGAACAUUUCCCCCCCUUCCCAAGAGCAAACAUAACUCCCUAACCUCAAAUAAACUCAAGAUAUUACAUAUUUUCAGAGGAAUGUGAUCUGGCUGUGUGAAUAGUGGGAAGGGGUAGGGUGAGAGCUCUAGGAGACGAAAGUAGGAUUUAUGUGGGAGUUGUGGUGGUGUGAGGAAAGAGUUGAAGAUGUGUCAUGGAUUAUUUUGAAGCCAUGAUCCCACUGUCUGUCCAGUCUUCCACACCACCACUGAUGUUUCUGGCCCCGAUGAGUUACCCACAGUCAUCUGUUGGACUAGAUGAAAGAAGGCUUAUUAGGUACCAGUAUGGAGGAUUCAGAGCUGGAAAGGACCUUAUUUUAUGGGUGAGGAAGAAAGUGAAGUUUAGAGAAGCCAACAAUUUGCCUUUGUGAUCAUGGUAGUAAAGCAAAAUUGAGAUUUGAA